AUGAUCCUACGUGAAUUCACUAUUCAGAAGUUUCAGACAGUUUCAGAACGAUGUUUCCUCAAACUGAUAGAAACGUUCGAUAGGUUUGACGCUAAUUUUAUUGCUAUAAAUUUCAAAUAUCUUGUUAUUAACUCAAAUAAAAGUUUGGUCUUUUUACAGCCUUACUUGUACUCUCGAUGAAACUAAUUUGUUAAUUAAGAUAUUCCGAAGUACUGCUGUUUUCAAGUGAACGUAAAUAAACUUAAGAUUUUGUGAAAAUUAGUUAUUGCUCUAACUGUCGCGAAGAGUAGAAAAUUCUGUGAAAAAUGGGGCGCCGUUCAAUCAAUACCACGAAGAGUGGGAAAUACAUGAAUCCCACUGAUCAAGCAAGAAAGGAAGCACGUAAGAAAGAAUUAAAGAAGAACAAGAAACAACGACAAUUGGUAAGGGCGGCUGUUUUGAAAGGCAAAGAUCCAGCACAGAUUAUUGAGGAGAUGGAGAAGAUUGAUCAGAUGGAGUAUAAUGUAAUGCAGCCACCUCCCCUAAAUGAGAAAGUAUUGAAAGACAAGCGAAAGAAACUUAAGGAGACUUUAGACCGAGUCUUAAAAAUGUAUGCAAAGGAUGAUCAGGAAAAGUGGGCAGAGCUGAAAGACCAAUUGAUACAGUAUGAGCGUAGAAGGAUAGAUCUGGUUUCUUAUUUUGAAGCUGUACGACAUGCACAGCAAGUGCAAGUUGACGAGAUUCCAUUGCCCUCGGCUGUCAAUGAUAUAACCAGGUUGUAUCCAGGUUCCUUAACAUCACAGAUUCCAUUACCAGAUAUGCCACAGCCACCUGCACAUAUGUAUCCACCUCAUCCUCAUUAUAUAUCGCAACACCAUGCUAUAAUGAAUAUUCCUGUACCACCGAGUAUCUUAAAGAAGACUAGCGCAUAUGCAACUUCUCCGUCUGUGCCUAUACUGGCACCCAAUAAAGAGCCGCCUGGUGUACCACCUUUUCCACCUCCGGAACUGUCAAGUGACGAUGAAGAUACUGAAAAUCAGAUGAAAGAGCCACCAGCAAAAUCAAGGACGAUACGAUUCGCUGAUGACAAGGAGGACAGUAAACAAGAGUCAGACAACAAGGAGAAAGACGCCGAAAAAGAAAAAGAGAAGGACAGGGAUAUGGCAAAAGUUAAACCGACCACGUUGCAGCAAAAAAUGUUGGCGAUGGCGGGACAAGAUAUCGACCAGUUUAUGAGAGAGAUGGAAGUCGUCCACAAGAGGAGAGAGACCGAGCGUGCUCAAGAUUUGAACGCUCGAUUGUCGCUACUCGAGACGGAAAACGAACCUAGUGCUAAAUCUGGCAAUAAUAAAUCUAGUAAUAAAGGAGAGGAAGAGGAGUUGGAACCACCAGGGGCAUCGGAACAUCUUGUUGGACACACUGGGCAACACACGUCUCAUUCUCAUGCUGCUCAGCACACGCAGCAACAUGGAACGAUGCCGCCAAUGGGCAUACCACCACCACCUCUGCUUUACAGGCCACCUCCGCCGCCGUUGCAUCUCAGAAUGCCACCGCCGCCGCCACCUCGUAUUGGACUCCGAUUACCACCUGGUCCACCACCUGGAAUGCCGAGAAUAUUGAGACCUGGGCCUCCAAGUAUACCAAGAAUGCCACCGCCGCAAAUGCAAAUGUCGAAUAUGUCGAAUAUACCAAAUCCGCAGAUACAAACGCAAUCUGGAAAUACUACGCAACCUAAGACACCCAAUGUUCUCUCCGCUGCACCACAGUUAAUCAAUCGAAAGGACAAAGAUGUAAAAAGUACCACCACUAUUGAGGCAAAACCACAAAUCAGAAAUCUGGCUGCUGACGUUACUAGAUUUUUACCAACGUCUUUGCGCGUGAAAAGAGACGAUAAAAAGAAAUCUAGUAGUAUUUCCAGGAUUAUGGAAAGGCCACCAGAAACGCAGCCACUUAGAACAACGCAACCUAAAACUAAGGAUGAUGCAUAUAUGCAAUUUAUGCAAGAAAUGGAAGGAUUACUCUGAAAAAUUUAUACUUAAUUGGAAUCAAUAUAUGACUUUUGUACAAUAUUCAAUGUAAUUGUGAACAUGUCAUUUCCGUUAUUUAGUGUCAGUUGGAAUGUCUAUAUCUUUAAAAAAAGAGUGAAUAAGAUGAAAAUAAUAAUAAAAAUUAAAAAAUCCUUAUGCAAAAUUCUAAGAA